UGGGUCAUGUUGAUGCUGUUAUAUUGUGUCAAGAUUUAUUAAGCUAGUUAGUUAUACUAUUUGCGAAACGUAGAUCUGUCAGUUGAACUUAACUCAUCAGAAAGCAUCAAAAUAAUUUAUUUCAAUAAAUUCAUACAUUUUAGGUUUUAUUAAAAAAAAGUGAAGAAUUGUAAUAAAAGAGAGAUGAGUGACUCGAAUCCAAGAAUGCCGUUGCUUUCAGCUUCAGAAACGUAUUCUGAGGGACUGUCUAAUCCACAGUUCACUGUAUCAGACACUCAGUUUAUCACACCAAACACAUUGCCAAGCAUGGAUACCAACAAUAGUGGUACCCUGGGAACACCAUAUUCUGUUUUUUCCAACACUGGCAUUGGCAAUAUUUUCAACAUGGUCAACCCCCAAAUACAGCUACCACCCUUCAACCUAGUAUAUGUGGAGUAUCCAGAAAAGCUCUUCAAAGUGCAGCGGAGGACAAGUGGAUUUUCGCAACAACGUGUAAAGAGCGGCAACAUAUCGUUCAUACUGGACUUCCAUUCAGCUCAGCAGAGAGAUUUGGUUUCGAAUUCUUCGAUUAAAGUGAAACGUACUAAUGAGACGGACAACAUCAUUAAAAGAGUUGGAGCUGUUCCUGUGGAAGCCAGAUUUGAACCUGUUCAAGAAAGCAAGUAUCUCGUUACCCUGGAUUUGGAUUCUAUUUAUGAGUACAAAGGGAAGAAGGUGUACGAGCUUGAACGUUCUCUGACAGACGAACUGAACAUGUUCCAUCUGGUCGUUCAAGUUGAGUACAGAAAUGGACAGAUCGUUUCGCAAAACACCAAGAAUAUUCAGAUGAUCGGGAGGGAGACCAAACAGAGACCCAAACCUUCUAAACGUUCACAUGCAGAAUCAAAAGGAUCAAAUUGUUCGUACGACUCCCUUCUAAUCAACAGUCCAGACUCACUGCUUACAUUACCGUACUCGCCUGCAGACGACACGGGUCUUAUCAACGCGCGCUCCGUGGUCGCCGACCACAUCAAAACAAAAACACUCGACGUUGACGGGUUAGUGUUUGGUAAGAUGCAAACGGCGCAAGGAGACAUCGCAUAUCACCACAAAAAACAGGACCCACAGGCGGUGUUUGAAGAGGGUGAGAUCGGUGCGUUGGUACCAGAUGAAGAUGACGAGAAAAAGCACGUGAUUGCAAAAAUGAACGAAAAGAACCUCCCCAAUGUCGUCCUUGCAGGUGUGGUCACACGCUCGCAAUAUUUCGAAGCACAUGUACCAGAACCAGGGGUUGCAUCAGAAACAAUCUGUAUGAUGGGUGUGGUACCCGUGCAAGUCCGUGGUUCAGUUGCAGCCAACGAAGCAUUAUAUGCGUCAGUCGACAACCCAGGGCUUGCGAUCAGUGGACAUCAUUUAGAUAUUUCUGCGAUUAAAGACAGUAUUUUCAUCGGUUACGCUUUUUCGUCUCGUAAAACUGAUGACGAAGACUCGGUUGGAUUUGUAAGUGCUGGUGUUUCUGUAUUGGAAACUGCUGGUAAAUAUAUGUUGAAUCAAAGGCUGAGAGAUGUGGAGGAGAGUGUUGAUGUAAAAAUCGACAAGAUCCAAAAAUCAAGAAGGCGUUCCAGAAAGUGCGUGACGAUAUGUGGCCUCAUCACCACAGCACUUGUGAUCUUGCUCUCUUGCUUCUUGUGGCAAAUUUUGAUGCCUGGUUCUGCAUACCGCUACUAUAUUUGCAAGCUGGGAAGAAAGACUAACCCAAAGGGGUCAGCUUUUUACAACUUCAUUCCUUACUCGGCUAGAUUUAGCUACCCAAGGGUGAACGGCAUUGAAUUCUCAUUUGAAAACCUCCGGAAGAAGUUACACCACCCGGAUUACAAGCAGCUAAAUUUAACCGCAUUUAACAUAGCCGGUGUUCGUUAUUACUUAAACAUCGACCGGUGCGCUUAUGGAGGAUUGCGGGAAACCGGAGACCGAAUUACCGGUAGAAAACGAGUUUACGGCGCAGAUGUGUUUGCUGUGGAUGAUAUGUGCUACAAUGCUUACUAUUACAACGAAAAUAAAAGUUCUGGUUGGGUUAAAUACAACUCGGUAUCAUGGAAGAAGUUUAGCAAUUUAUUUUGUUCACCCAGUCCUCCGAGAAAACCUGCUAUAACGGAGGAUAGCUCUGUGAAUUAAUGAGCUUUGUUGGUGACACUUUCUGUAAAUAUGUGAAUUUGAUCAAGGUUUCUAAACUAUCAAUAAUCGGUAAAGCCCGGUUCACAUUAGCGACGGAAGCACAAACGUAAACUAUAAGAAUUUAUUUGGCUUUAAUAAAAUAUGCUAUAAUUAUCUAGGAAGAGAAAGAAAAACAGAAUAAAUAGAAUUUGCCACGCUGUAGCAGAUCAACAUCUACCACCUUUUUUUCGAAUUGUUAUUCUUUAAAAUAUUCUUGCGCCUGCGUUUCUGGUUUACACUACAAAAAAUUUUGCUGCAAAAAAGGUCGAAGGCGUUUACACAGUGCUUGCGGCGCAAAUGUGAACAAGAUUUAAAAUUGGCCUUGUGACUGUUAAGGGUCAUGCUUUUUGUAGGAGUGGUUUUAUUUUUAUAGUAAAUCUUAAGCGUUCAGUUAGCAUCUGUUAUUUAACAGAGAACUAACGAGUUGGCUUUGUUUUGUUUACACUUUCGCGCUUCGCUUCGCUUCUGUACCAUAAUGGCACGGCGACUGUUUGUCGUUGGUCCACUUGCAAAGUACGUGGUUAUUAAGGAUUAACCACUUGCAAAGCUAACGUGGUUAUUAAAGAUUAAUUAUAUGGCAUAUGCAUGUAUGAUUCUCCACAAGAACUUUUCAAUGCACGAUCUAUUUCAGAACACACAAAAAAGAAGUGUCUUGAACUUCAUGCACAAGCUUUGUGAAGAAAUGUAAAUAUAUUUUAUUUGUAGUGAA